AUGAAGUCCACUGCUUUCCGAAUCGCUCGAGGUGCCGUCAAUGGCCUUCAGAAGCGAGCCUACUCACAGGCCACUACCCCGAGGCAUCUCAUGACCAUUGCUGAUCUGACCCCUACCGAGUUUGCCAACUUGGUCCGUGAUGCCAACACCCGAAAGAUUGCUGCUGUUGCCAUGAUGUUCAGCAAGCGUAGCACUCGUACCCGAGUUUCUACUGAAGCUGCUGUAACUAUGCUUGGUGGUCACCCUAUGUUCCUGGGCAAGGAUGAUAUUCAACUUGGUGUGAACGAAUCCCUCUAUGACACAUCUGUUGUCAUUUCUUCCAUGACCUCGUGCAUGGUUGCUCGAGUUGGACCUCACUCCGAUGUCGCUACUCUUGCCAAGCACUCGAGCGUGCCUGUUAUCAACGCCCUCUCCGAUGACUUUCACCCUCUCCAGACCAUUGCCGACUUCCUCACUCUGCAUGAGACAUUCCCGGCUAGCAACAGCACGGGAGCUAGCCUUGAUCUGAAUGGCCUCAAGGUCGCCUGGGUUGGUGAUGCCAACAAUGUCCUCUUCGACCUGGCUAUUGGCUGCGUCAAGAUGGGUGUCGACAUUUCGGUUGCCGCUCCCAAGGGAUAUGAGAUCCCUGAUAACAUGAGGCAGCUCAUCAACUCUGCUGCUGAGGGCGUCAUCUCCCCUGGCAAGCUCCUCGAGACCAACGUGCCUGAGGAGGCUGUCAAGGACGCCAACGUGCUGGUCACUGAUACCUGGGUGUCUAUGGGUCAGGAGGCCGAUACCCAGAAGCGACUCAAGGACUUUGCCGGUUUCCAGAUCACCAACGACCUUGCCAAGCGAGGAGGUGCCAAGGAGGACUGGAAGUUCAUGCACUGCCUUCCUCGACACCCCGAGGAGGUCGCUGAUGAGGUCUUCUACAGCCCCCGAUCUCUGGUGUUCCCCGAGGCCGAGAACCGUCUCUGGGCCGCUGUUUCCGCUCUUGAGGGCUUUGUCGUGAACAAGGGCAAGUUCUAAACGGAAAAUGUAUACAUGUCUGGUGUCUUUUUUUUUGUUUCUACACUGGGUUGGAGGCGGAGCAUUGGCGUACGAACAACAAAAUAGUCAUUGGAAUUAAAUCAACUAAACC